UGUCCCGGGAUGUUCCCGGCUGGAAGAGAGCCGGGAGCAUCCUUUGGGAAAGCAGCUUUGUUGGAAGGCGCGGACGAAGCCGCUGGUCCAUAAACCCCCUGCGAACCCCAGAUGAGCCCCGCUGGACCUGGCGGGACACGGUCUGGACCACCCUUGUCCAAGAACGCGGCAAUUCCAGCGGAUUUCCCUGGAGCGCCAGGCCGGGAAAGGCCGGCGGGGCGCGGCCGUGACCUGGAAGGAAAUCGCCGUCACCGGGAUAAACUUCCCGGGCAGCGCGGAAGGGCCGGGCCGGCACCGGGUCCUAGGUGAUGCCCAGCCCUCCAUGGAAUGAUGCCGUCCCGCACCAACCUCUCUGCUGGGAUUCCCAGUAGCAAAGUCAAAUAUUCCAAGCUCUCCAGCACUGAUGAUGGGUACAUUGACCUGCAGUUCAAGAAGAGCCCACCAAAGAUCCCCUACAAGGCCAUCGCCCUGGCUGUUGUGCUCUUCAUGAUUGGGACCUUCCUCAUCAUCAUCGGAGCCCUGCUGCUGGCAGGGUACAUCAGCAAAGGAGAAACGGACCGUGCCAUCCCCGUGCUCAUCAUCGGCAUCCUGGUGUUCCUGCCGGGCUUCUACCACCUGCGCAUCGCCUACUACGCCUCCAAGGGCUACCGGGGCUACUCCUACGACGACAUCCCCGACUUCGACGACUGAGCAACGAGCCCAUCCCACCCUCAGGAGUGGCUCAGAGCUGGUUUUUGUCCCCCUGGGCCUCGGGGGCCUGGCAGGUCCCCGCUCACGUGUGUCCCUCACACGGUUCCUGGGUUUGAGGUGUUGCAGGUUGUCCAGUUUGGGGGGUUUUUGGGGGGGCUGGAACACGGAAUUGACCAAAAGGAAUCGCAAAGAACUUGAGAUUUAUGGUAUUUUUUCCUCUUGAGAUUUAUGGUAUUUUUUCCUCUUUCCAGCUUGUUGCUGGGAAGUCCUUCCUGGGGGAGGCACUUCUUGCAGUUUUCCAGAAGUAGCUGAGCCGCUUUCAGCAGCAGAUCCUUGUUUUUUCUGACUAUUUUAUAGAGUUUAGUUUUCCAUGAGAUUGUGGUUAUUGUUGGCUUUACCUUUGCAGACAAACACCAUAGUUCAAUUCUCCCUCUGCUCUCUGUCCAGCAGAAAUGCUUCCAGAGUUCUUGUGCUGAGCUUUCGCUGUAGUAACUAAAGUCUGAUGUGCAGGGGAGGGGGAGAACAGCACUUGUAGGAAGUGAUUUACAGGCUGCACUUGCUGCACAGCUCCUUGUCAGGCUGACCAAGCUCAUUUCCCCACAAACAUUCUUCCCAGGAGAGCUUUUCCCAGGCCACUGUUGCUUUUGGCAAAAUCCGCUUAUCCCUCACAAGGAUUUUGAUUAUUAUUUUAAACAACUGAAUGGAUACCGGGAGAAGGGUUGGAAUCUAGACCAGGACUCAAGUGUCUAAAUGCCAAAAAUCCUGGGUUUGACUAAUGUGGAUAUUGGAGACAUUAUUGGAGACACUUGAAUUCCAGCUGUCUGUAUGUUUGGAGUCCUUGUGUAGCUAAUAUUCUGUGCAGAGCUGCCCAGAGCAGUGAAAAGGAAUUCCCUGAAUAGUUUGUGCUGAACAAAUUCCCUCUGGAUUGCUUUGCCAGCAUCAGUGAUGUGUCAUUCAGGGAAGGCAGAGGGACAGCUCCAUUCCUCUGAGGUGGGAAUGUCUCGGUGUCCUGGAGAACAUGUGACAAGUGGGAGUGCAAGUGGGUGCAUUUAACAUGAAUAAAGUUCUAUAUUCUGUGUAA